ACCUGGGCGUGACCAUAGGUGUGGACUCUCGCUAUAACCGCAGCCGGAGGCAGAUCGCUGUUCUCGGGUUUGACCGAAGGUGCGAGCAGAACCACUGAGAGCAGCGAUGACCGCCGAACCGAUUCGCUCGGCUCUGGGUACCGUCUCUUCGGAGGACACCUCUCUGGUGCUGCCCUCCGACAAAAAUCAGCGGACGGGGCAGCAGCGCGUCCUGGAGCAGGUGAACACCAUAAAGAGAAGCAAGUCGAAGAUGGUCAAGAAUGACUCCAUUCCGUCGCCAACAACUCCAGCAUCGGUGACAGAAUACAGCGACCCUAAAUUCCAGUUCUCACCAACAAAACUGAACGACACACUCUUCAAGUUUAGCAGCUCCAACAUGACAAGCAGCCACAGCAGAAUGACUGGUCGCAGCUUGUCCAUGCACAACACGGUGAGAAGACAAACCCAGAAGAGCCAGUGGGAGUCUCAGAUGAACUGGAAUGCACAGUCUCAGUCCAAUGGGAUGAGACGCAGUGGCAGCGUCCCAGCCUUGAAUAAGGCAGAUGGCACAAUUACCCAGCAGUCCAAGAUGAGGUCUUCUACUGUGCGAUAUAACCGAGCAACUGGACAAUCCAUGAGACUCCAGGAGAAUAACCUGCCUGCCGGCCCCAACCAAUCACAGACUGGUCGCAGCUUGUCCAUGCACAACACGGUGAGAAGACAAACCCAGAAGAGCCAGUGGGAGUCUCAGAUGAACUGGAAUGCAAAGUCUCAGUCCGACGGGAUGAGACGCAGUGGCAGCGACCCAGCCUUGAAUAAGGCAGGCGGCACAAUUACCCAGCAGUCCAAAAUGAGGUCUUCUACUGUGCGAUAUAACCGAGCGACUGGACAAUCCAUGAGACUCCAGGAGAAUAACCUGCCUGCCGGCCCCAACCAAUCACAGGUCGCAAGCAUCAAACCUUCCCUCAGCCAAUCACAGACAAUUACGAAAGUCACCACUACCAAGAACAAAUCAGAAGUGCUGGGUGCGAGUGGUGCCGAGGGAUCUAUUCCUAACAUCACUCUGCAGGAGGCAGUGGAUUAUCUGUCACACUCAGACAUCAGCCAUCAGCUCUGUGGAGCUUCAUUCAUACAGCACCACACCUUCACUGAAGACAGGGCCAAGCAAGAGGUUUGCCGUUUUGGAGGGAUUUCUGCUCUUAUUCAGCUGCUGAAGUGUGACAAUCCACAGCUGCAACAGAUUGCUGCCGCUGCGCUGCGCAACUUAGUUUUUAAAGACAACAAUAACAAGCUUGAGGUGGAACGUUGUGAAGGAAUAGAGGCCAUUCUGACCUUGCUCAGAAACACCAACAUUAUAGAAACACAGAAACAACUCACUGGUCUGUUGUGGAAUCUAUCCUCGGCUGAUAAGCUGAAGCAAGAGCUGAUCAAGAACGCCAUGCCGCUGCUUACAGAAAGCAUUGUGGUGCCAUGCAACUUUUGGACUGAUAGCAACACUAACAAAAUCACUGACCCUGAGGUCUUCUACAACACCACUGGCUGUUUAAGAAACCUCAGCUGUGCUAGAGAGCAGGAGAGGAUAUCGAUGAGGAGCUGCCCAAGACUUAUCGACUCUCUCAUGUCUUACGUUCAGACUCAAAUGGAAAGAGGCGAUCCAGAUGACAAGUCGGUGGAAAACUGUGUCUGCAUACUUCAUAACUUGAGUUACCAGCUAGAGAAAGAGGCUCAAGAUCACUUCAAACAGUUCUCUUUUCCUGAUGAGAAACCGAAUGAGAACACUAACAAAAAGAGCCUCUUCAGCCCCAAGAGCACCAAGACCCAAAAGGAGUUCAACUUUCCAGCCAUGGAGAAGGAAGAUCCUACAGGAGUGGAUUUGUUGUACAACCAAAAGUCGCUGCAGAUGUAUCGGUCUCUGCUGGGCUUAAGUAAGAAGGAGGCCACUCUGGAGGCAUGCUGUGGAGCCCUGCAGAACCUGACCGCUUCAAAGAGCCAUUUGUCCACUCUGAUGAGUCAAAGCAUCAUAGAGAAGCUGCAUGGCCUGUCUGUCAUUUCGCCCCUGCUGAUAUCACAAAACCCGGGCCUGCGGAAGACGGCCAUGUCCUUAGUGGGCAACAUGUCCAGGGUGUCAUCUCUACGGAGCACUAUGGCCAAGGAAAUUCUUCCCAGCGUCACUGCUGUUCUGUCGGCUGUAACGCCAAAAAUGGUUGAGUCUGACAGCACCAUCGCUACAGCGUGCCGUGUGAUGAACACACUCAUGCUGGCAGAGCCCGACACUGCCAAGGAGAUGAUCAACACCAAACUCGUCGACUCUCUGAGCAUGCUGAGCUCAAAUGUACUAUUUGUCACAGCCAGAAUAGCUGCUGGAGUUCUUCUGAGGAGUAUGUGGGGACAAAAAGACAUCCAGAAUGUGCUGAAAAAGCAAGGGAUGAAGAAGGACACGUUUAUAAAUACCACCACUACUGAUGCAUACAAGGAAGCAACACGCAUGGAUGGACACUGAGAGAUGUGCAAUUUUGCAGUGCUGCAGGAAGCCACAGAGUUUCAGAGAACUGUCCUGCUUUCAUAUAUUGCAGCACAUUAUGGGUAUAUGCAGUACAUAUUGUAGAUUUAAUGGGAUUCCAGGAAAUGUUUUGCCAAAUUUGACUAUUACACUCUCACUGUCAUUCCAAACCCAAAUGUUCUUCUUCUGAGGGCUAAAAUGGCUAAAAAGACCCUUAAAGUAUGAUAAAGGGUUUGUGUGAUGCUAUAUUCCAGAUGCUUUGUGUGAAGAACAGACCAAAAAUGUACCAAAAGUAAAUAUACUUUCAGAUCUCUUCAUUGCAGUGGGUCACAAAACUGCGACUGUGACUGAUUCGUUCAUGAUCUGAAAUUUAGCACACAAGUCAUUUGGAUGGUUUUUAUGAUAUUUUAAUGGCACUUUUCAAUCAUUUUUAAACUUGACAUCCACUGAUGGAGGAAUAAUCAAUUACCCAUUUUUGGUCAAAUCCCUCUUUCUGGGAUGAACGGGUGCUAGCACAGACCUGUUUAGUGCCUAAUACACAUCUAUCACGGGAAAGAGUUUGUACACUUAUGCUUGACAAACUUGCACUACUGGUGCACUCUUCUUCUGCUGCUUUCCUUCCACUGUCCUCCUGUGCUGUAUAUUGGGGAUCAUAAUACAUGUUGGAUAAAGCUUUUGCAUUUCGGUGCAAUGAGGCCUGAAUAGUUGUCGGUUUCUAAACAUGCUCUUAUGUUGCAGUUAUUAAAAACCUUUUGUAUAAAUGCACCACUUUAUUUCUUCUCGAUGUCCACUUAAGUUGUUCUUAGGUGUUUCAAUGUGAUUGAAAUAAUGUCAGUGGUUGUAUUAAUGUUGAAAGAAAAAUAUUGCAGCAAUGUUAAUACUAAUUAAAAGUAAAUUGGAUGAAAAGUAAUUAGAUGUUGAACGUCAUUCUUGAUCUGGUUUUUAAAAAAUCGAAAUGAAAACAAGUGUGAUUCAUCAUUGGAAUGCCAGUUAGAUUGAAACUUAAUGAACUUUCGGUUGCACUCGCAGCUCUGGAUGUUUUGCCUUCUUCAACUUGAGUGGACUGAACGCUGUGUUAAAUUCAGUUCUCACCUACUGUAGAAUCAGAACCACCUUAAACUUUGAAGUUCUUAUGGCAAUAUCUGUUGUUUCUUUUUUACAUCGUUAGCCACACAUAAUUCUACUGUAAAUACAUGAUAUGAAAAGGACUAAGUGCAGUUGAGUGGUAUAUAUGCAGAUGUUGGCAGUGUAAAGAUGUUUUUGGACUUUUGGGUAUGGUUGCAUUUUAGGAGAUUUAAUGCUAGAUGCAUUCACUUGAAAUGGGGAAUAAUUUUUCGGAAUUAUAUUGAAUAAAAUGAAAUGAUAUUUUUGUUUGUCAGUCGGCUGCUAAGAGCAGUAAAUGCAAAAUGAAUUGUUUUCUAGAUAUACAGUAAUAUAAUAUUUUGAUUGACAUCCUUUUUUUUUUAAACCAAACUUGCCUUUUCUGUGUGCUGUUUGCUAAAUGUGUGUGAUAUUGUAUUUUGUGAGGAUUCUUUUUACUUGACAUUUGUGUGGCUGGAAUGUGUUUAAAAUGUGUUUAUGCUUGUGGGAAAAUGUAUAGAUUAUUAUUUUAUUCUAUAUUAUUUUUUCCAUUUUAUUAUGUUGUCAAAAUGCAAAAAAAAUAAGACAAACAAAGUUAACAAAAAUAAAAUAAUAAUAAUAAUUUUGUACUAAAAUAUUAAAUGUGGCUGUGUAAAAUUGCAGUUUGCAUCUUGACCAAAAUGUGCAUUUUAAUCUUGCAUAAAAAUAACAAAUUAAAGUGCAAUUCAACAAGAAAA